AUGCCCGUAAUGAAACGCGAUGUUGGAAGUGAUGUGCUUCAACAUGGGCAAGAUGACUUCGAAAGCAUUACGGUUCAAACUUCAAUUUUUGGAAUAAUUUUGAUUUCAAUUGGCCUGCUUUAUACAUUUUUCGGGAUUAGGUUUUUCAAGAUUACCGUAUUCUUGGUCGGAUUCUACAUCGGCGCUAUCCUCGCAUGGAUUGUUUUAACGAACGUUGAACCUUCCGAUGGCUAUGGCAAUUCAUCUGGUAUUAUUUAUCUGGCGGUUACUCUGGUUACUGGUCUCAUUUUAGGAUCAAUAGCUGUUUGUUGUUCUGACAUUGCUAUUUAUUUAUUGGGCGCACUCGGUGGUUAUUCACUCGCUUUGUUCGUCCUUUCAUGGUCUGACAAUGGAGUAAUUCAAUCAAAGAACGGGCGAAUAAUCUUCAUAAUAGUAUUAACUCUCCUCGGUGCAAUCCUAACUUUUGUAUUCGAGGACGCCAUCAUAAUACUCAGCACUGCAUUAAUCGGUGCAUACAGCAUCAUAUUUGGCAUCGACUUGUUUGCACAUACAGGAUUCACCGAAUCAGUACAAGAAUUUCUGGAUGGAAAUCAUCAGGUUGUGUACAGUGUCGAUACGAAAGUUUACCUGAUGCUUGCUGGGGUACUUGCUCUCUUCAUUAUUGGCACGAUUUUUCAAUGGAGGGUUCAUCGUGGGGAAUUUGGCCGGCGUCGUGCUGCGAAAUCAAAGACAGCUCCUUCUCCGGCUUAUUCUACUCCUCCUGAAAAUAUUACUGAAAAGAAGAAAAAAGGCUGGACGCUUCAAUUCAAAAAAUAG